GUUGAUGUUCAUUAUUGAUUGAAAAUAUGAGCAUCUGGACAGCAGAGAAAAUAAUUCUUCUUGGUUUUCUGUUGAAAGGUGUUUGCUGUAGAGAUUUCAGCAUCAGUUUGCCAGAAAAUAUUGAAGCUCUCAGUGGAUCCUGUGUGAUCAUAAACUGCAGGUUUGAGAUUGAGGACAAGUAUGAUGGAGACCUCACUGACACAGCUACAGGAUUGUGGCUCAAAGAUGGAACACAUGGGGAGAACAAUCAAGUGUUUAAUUCCAGAGAUCCCAAACCUAAUCACUUCAGUGGGAAAAUAACUGGAGAACUACACGAAAAGAACUGCACCACUGUCUUUUACAAUAUUACUUCAAAUCAUAAUGGUAAAUAUUUCUUCAGGAUUGAGGGCAAUGGUGGACUGAAAUGGAACUAUGAUGAAAAGUCAACUUCCAUAAAUGUGAUCGACUCUCCCCACAAACCCACAGUGCAGCUGUAUGUGGAGCAGAAGGAGGUGCAGGAUCAGGAGGUGUUGGAGGUGUUGGAGGGGAGCUCUGUGAGUCUGCGCUGCUCUGCUGAGACUCUCUGCUCCUCUCCUCCACCAACUCUCACAUGGAGCUCCACUCCCAGAAUCCCCCUCAGUGAGAGCAGCAGACUACAGGAGCUCAUCUCUGAUCUGAACUUCACUGCUACUCACCGUCAACACAGAGUCACUUUCACCUGCACUAUAACCUACCAGCUACAGGACAAGAACAAAACAGCACAGAACAACAUCACAUUACAUGUUCAGUAUUCGUCUAAAAACACAUCAGUGUCUGUGAUUCCCUCCAGCUCUGUGUUGGAGGGCAGUUCAGUGACUCUGAUCUGCAGCAGUGAUGCAAAUCCAGCAGUGUUGAACUACACCUGGUCCAGAGAGAGUGAAGGACAGUUGGAGCAGCUGCAGACUGGACACACUCUUACCUUCAAUAGGACCGACCUGAAACACAGAGGCUGGUACCACUGUACAGCUCAGAACAAACAUGGCAGCCAAAACUCAUCAGUGAUUCUGGACAUUCAGUAUGCCCCUAAAAUCUCUCCAUCCUCCAGCUGUACCAGAACUGAUGUACCUGUGUGUUUCUGUGAAGCUGAUGGGAAUCCCUCUCCUGAACUGGAGUGGCAUCUGUCUGGACGUCCUGUCACUAACUCUUCAAACACAUUCAUCAGUGAAGAGCGAUUGAGCAGCACAGGCUUGAGGAGCUCCAUCACUCUACAUCAGUCUCUCACACACACAUCCACUCUGCAGUGUGUCAGCAACAACACUCAUGGAACUGCAAGAAAACAACUUCAGCUGCCUCUCUGUCAUCUGCAGUUUGCAGCACCAAUAGCCUUGUGGUUAGUGCAUCAACAUAUAGCGCAAUAUAAGUUCGAAUCCCACCUUGAGGUCCUUUGCCAAUCCUGUUCCCCUUUCUCCUCCCAGUACUUUCCUGUCAGUUCUCCACUGUCCUCUCACAAUAAAGGUGUAAAAAGCCCAUAA